AUGGCUCUCAGUCGACGCCACAUCGGGGCAAGCCGCAGGAAGAGACGGGACGACGAGGGCGAGGACGAGGGCUCACAGGCUGGAGAGCUGGACGAUGACUCCUUGAGUGAGGGCUCGGUGGACAGCCACCAGGAGGAUGAGGAUGCGGACGGAGAAGGCAGCGAAAGCGACGGAGAAGCUUCGACCACGUUGGACACGGACAAAGGCAAGCUCAACGGUGGAAAGGUCAACGGCCGGGAACCAAAUCAGACCCAACCACACAGCACUGCAUCCCCCAGCAAACCAGGGCUCAAGAUGACCGUCUCCGACACUGAGGCGAUGCUGAACGGACUCAAGGUGUCGGACGAUAGCGAGGAGAUUCAGUUUGACCGGAUGGAGCAGCGUGACCUUCAGACAGGCCGGACGCCAUCCGCUCCGCCCACGGAACCGAAGCGGGAAACCUUGGCUGCAAGGAAACGCCGGGAGCACGAGAAAUAUGUGAAGGAACGAGAACAGAACCCGGCUUUUGUGCCCACUCGAGGCAGCUUCUUCUUGCAUGACAAGCGGUCGUCGGAGGCGGGACAGAAUGGCCACCGUACCUUCAACAAGGGAAAGUCGAGACCCGUCGGUCUCAUUGUGGAUGGGAACUCUCGCAGGAAUUCUUCAAAGCCUGACGCGAGCGAAGGACAGUGGACACACGACCUUCAUGAAACAGUGGCCGGGAACAACCCAGCGCCCAAACAUGUACCUCCUCCAGCUGGAUCAUAUCAGCCCGUCACGAACGUCCCGACCGCCCCUCGAUCUGAACCCCCGAACCGUUCGUUCUCCAGCACUACGCUGGUCGGCAAUGUGCCCGUCGUCGUCUUCUUGCCGGGCAUGACUCAGGCGAAGCCGUUCCCAGCGGUGCCCAAAAAGCAGCAUACCCGUCUCCCUCAACAUCGUCCUCCCUUGCGCCGUGAUAAACCGGUGCGAAUCUCUCUUCCUGGUCAGCCUCCUCGCUACAUCUUCCCGUCCACUGAGCGUUCCUUCAUCUUCAUUCCCCGUGCAUUACGCCCGAACCAGCAGGGCUAUCGAGGGCGGGGUCGCGGCGGUGGUUUUUACCCCGGACGACGACCUAGCUACUACAACACCUAUACACCCAGUGUCCUCAGUGUUAGCCGGCGAUCUUCACUUGGAAUGUCUGCUUCUCAAGAUGGCUACCCGUCACCUGCAGGCUCGGUGUACUCGCGGCCAGCCAUGGUUCCCCCCGAUGCUGGCAAGCCCAUCGUUCGCCUCCCUCCUCCGCCGCGUCCUCCAGUUGGUAUGCCGCCCACAGGGCCUGGUGCUGGACUCCCUACAGGGCCCAUGCCACCAAUGCAAUUCCCACACUUCGCCUACCGCGAAAGCCGCCCUUCUACGAUCCCUAUGCAUCAACCUCGCCCACAAAAGGCUGUUUCUGUGGCCGAUAUCGAAAGCCCAGCCAGUUUCUCGUUCAAUCCACCCCAGCCCCAGCAGGAGCAACCGUUCCACCACCAGGUUCCUGUCCCGGUGGCCGGACCUAGCCAAGAGCAGGCCGUGCAGGGCCCGCCAAGCCAGCCCUCAGGAACACCGCUCUCACAAAUUCCUGAGCGAGCCAUUCACGCCCAGCCUUUCCAACCGUACGACUAUCAACAGCCAGGCUUUUAUCCCGGCUAUCCUCCUGGUGCCAUGUACUAUCCAGGAUCUGGACCAGAGUAUCCCCCGUACAAUGGACCGAUGGGACCCGGUGCCUCGAUGCCCAACUUCCCGGGUCAACAAUCUAUGCCGUACGGUGCUCCGUCUUCGUCUGGUGAGCAGCCUUCACAGCCUGGUACUGUGGCUCACGAGUCGGGUGGCACGGUGUACUUCUACGAUGCGAAUCAGAUUUAUUCCAGUCCCAAUUAUGGGGGCCCAGGACCGGCCCCGGGGCAGGGGCCUGGGGGAGUGGUGGGGAUGGGGGGCAUGAUGACGCCGCCGGGGACCAUGUAUUACUAUCCCCAACCGCCUGGGGCCGGGGGAGGCCCU